CAAACAUCUUAUACUGAAACUUACAUAGCACCUACAUACACUCUUCACUCUUGGGCAUCUUCUGUAUUUUUGGGAGAGUCAAAAAUUCGAAAUUGCCUUAUCCUGUGCAAGAGAUUCCAUUUCCAUGGAGCUCAAACCUUCCAACAAUAACAUUCUUGAGCAGCUGAGACAUGGGUUCGCUCAGUUUGAGCUUGUUUCCUCCCUUACUCCUUCUGUUUCAGAUUCAGUCUCCUCCGCUUCACUCCCCGCUUCGUUCUUAGGCGCCACGCAGGGGAAUAGCUAUGUAUUCUUCGCCAGAAUCGGUUCCUCGAUGAAUCGGUCUCCGGCAGCGAAGAAGGUUGAGCAGUACGCUGUGGAUAGAGUUACUGGGGAUGGUCGUUGUCUGUUUAGAGCAUUGGUGAAAGGAAUGGCCUUUAACAAGGGUCUUACUCUCAACCCCAGAAGAGAGAGAGAUGAUGCAGAUGAGUUACGUAUGGCUGUGAAAGAGGUUAUAUGCAAUGACCCCAAGGAAAGGGACAAAUACAAAGAAGCUUUAGUGGCAAUCACAGUAGACGAGUCUCUGAAACGCUAUUGUCAGCGGAUAGGAAGACACGAUUUCUGGGGAGGAGAGUCCGAGUUAUUAGUUCUUUCAAAGCUAUGUAAACAGCCAAUCAUCGUCUACAUACCAGAGCAUGAGCAUCAUGGGAGAGGAGGAGGGUAUGGGUCGGGUUUUAUUCCGAUUGCAGAGUAUGGAGGAGAGUUUCGAGGAGGCUGGGGAAAAGGGAACAAGAACAAGAAUGUUGAUCGUGGCAUGUUUGAUGUUCGUCUCCUACCUCCGAUCUCUCUCUUCCUCAAACUCCGUCGUCUAGUCGAUGAAAAAUUCCUCUCGAUUCUUCUCCAAGAUCAAUCGUCGAUUGCGUUUCUGAAAAUGGCGAACGUGUCUGUUGCUGCAGAGUGGCAGCUUCUCUACAAUCGAUACUACAGGAAGCCUGAGAUUUACCAAAUGAGAUGGAAACAUGUAGAUUUGAGUCGAAACAAGGUGGCUUGUGCCUCCUUUGGUGGUCCAAUCGCAGUCAUUCGAGAUGACUCCAAGAUUGUCCAGCUAUAUGCUGAAUCUGCUCUGAGAAAGCUCCGCAUCUUUAACUCAGCAGGUGUACUCCUCUCCGAGACCGUGUGGAAGCACCCUGGAGGACGACUCAUCGGGAUGUCCUGGUCCGAUGAUCAGACACUCAUCUGCAUUGUCCAAGACGGCACCAUUUAUCGCUACAACAUCCACGCGGAGCUCAUCGAGCCCAAUAUGACGAUGGGGAAAGAGUGCUUUGAGCAGAAUGUGGUGGAGUGUGUCUUUUGGGGAAACGGUGUCGUCUGCUUGACGGAAGGAGGGCAGUUGUUCUGUAUUUCGGAUUUCAAGACGAUGAAGCCUUAUAAGCUGGCUGAUGUGCCGGGGUUAACAGAAGACGACAUGCUUCAGCCGACUUGCUUGGCUGUGAGGGAGCCUCAGUACACCAUGUCAGGGAAUGUUGAGGUGCUCGUAGCAGUCGGCGAUGAGAUUUUCGUUGUGGAUGAGGACGAGGCACAGACUAUUAGGUUCGAUGAGCCUAGCGUCGAAGACUCUGAGUUGCAGAAUGAUGCUGAUUACGGGAAUUUGAUUGGACCUGUGCAGAAGAUGAUUGUAUCACCUAAUGGAAAAUUCCUGACGCUAUUCACUCAUGAUGGCCGGGUUGUUGUUGUUGGCAUGGAAACGAAAAAAAUUGCUAUUGAUUACAGUUGUGAGGCAGAUGAAAAUUUGAGAUUAAUUCGUUCAUCGCUGUCUGAGGCUGUUGAAUCCUGUAUUGAUGCUGCUGGCCAUGAAUUUGAUGUAACUCGUCAGAGGGCUCUGUUACGAGCGGCAAGUUAUGGACAAGCUUUCAGCAGCAAUUUUCAGCGUGACCGUGUCCAAGAGACUUGUAGAACUUUACGAGUGCUAAAUGCUGUUCGUGAUCCUGAUAUUGGCAUACCUCUUAGCAUUCAGCAGUACAAGUUACUGACAGCAAUGGUUUUGAUUAGUCGCCUAAUUAAUGCUCAUUCCCACCUUCUUGCUCUCCGGAUAUCUGAAUACUUAGGAAUGAAUAAAGAAGUGGUGAUAAUGCAUUGGGCGUGUGCAAAAAUAACUGCUUCACCAUCAACUCCAGAUGCGCAUCUUCUUGAGGUUUUACUUGAUAAGCUCCAACUAUGUAGAGGAAUAUCUUAUGCUGCAGUGGCCACUCAUGCUGAUAAUUGUGGACGUCGAAAGUUAGCUGCAAUGCUAGUUGAACAUGAACCACGCUCCACGAAACAGGUUCCUCUUUUAUUAAGCAUUGGGGAGGAAGACACGGCUUUAGUGAAAGCAACUGAGAGUGGUGACACAGACUUGGUUUAUUUGGUUAUAUUUCACAUAUGGCAAAAGAGGCCUCCUUUGGAAUUCUUUGCGAUGAUCCAAGGCAGAGUUUUGGCACGUGAUUUAUUUGUAGCGUAUGCACGGUGUCAUAAACAUGAAUUUCUCAAGGAUUUCUUUUUAUCUACGGGUCAGAUUCAUGAGGUUGGUUUCCUUUUAUGGAAAGAAUCAUGGGAUAUGGGGAAAAACCCAAUGGCUAGCAAAGGAUCUCCGCUGCAUGGUCCGCGGAUAAAACUAAUAGAGCAGGCAAACAAACUAUUCAUUCAAACAAAGGAGCACACUUUCGAGUCUAAGGCUGCUGAGGAGCACGCAAAACUCCUGAGGAUACAACAUGAGCUAGAAGCUAGUACGAAGCAGGCUAUCUUUGUUGAUUCAAGCAUCAAUGAUACUAUACGUACAUGUAUUGUCCUGCGUAAUAAUCGCGCUGCAACAAAAGUGAAGUCAGAAUUCAAGGUUUCUGAUAAAAGAUGGUAUUGGCUUAAAGCAUUUGCUCUGGCUACAAUCAAAGACUGGGACGCGCUGGAGAAGUUUUCAAAGGAAAAGAGACCACCAACAGGGUUCCGACCAUUUGUGGAGGCAUGCAUCGAUGCAGAUGAGAAAGCGGAAGCUCUAAAAUACAUCCCCAAGCUGUCAGAUCUUGUGGAAAGAGGCGAGGCUUAUGCUCGUAUUGGAAUGGCCAAGGAAGCGGCUGAUGCGGCGGCUCAGGCAAAUGAUGGAGGAGAAUUGCUGGAGAGAUUCAGAAAGACUUUUUCACAGAAUGCUAUUUUUGAUACCCUCAAAAUGCCUUUCCAAGGGGUCUCCUAGCUUUUGAUAUCAUUUGCUCGGCUUGGAGUUUUUUUUGUUGAUUGUAACUAAACUCACAAAAUAGUGUGUGUAAAAAAUAAUUAUAGGAGCGAGUGUGUAAUUCAAAUGAUUUGGAAAAAAAAAUAAAAAAAAAAGUGGAGUUGCUUUCUCCCCAAGUUGUUUUA